UUGAUUGUAAUGUAGAGUUAAAUAAUGAGUUGGUUAAGGAAAUUAUCUGAGACUGUUUUUUGAGGGUGCUCCCCAGCACAGCUUGAGGAAGAGGAAAUGAAUACAAGUGUGUCAGAUGACCGCAAGAAGGGCCACAUGGUCGAGAACGAAGGCGUUGAUGACUCUGAGCAUAACUUGUUUGUAGAGGAUGCCUCUUUUGAUUUUAGUCUUGUGAGGAAAGGGGCUGAUAAUACAAUUGCCACUGAGAAAGUAAUGAAGAAGAUUUUGAAGAAUGUGAGUCCGGCUGUCAGAAGGAUCUAUAAGGUCAAUGGCCCGUUUAAGUAUUGAAUAGAAGAUUGGUACAAUCUAGGACUUGAUAAGGAAGAACUUGUCUGGGAGGAAGACUACAAUACAUCAUCUAGUUACUGUGGUGAACUCAGAAAAGGCACUCAUGUUAAAGAGGGCAAAGGAGUUUACCUCAACGAGCAAGGUGAUCUUUAUGAAGGAUUCUUCAAGCACGGCAGACAGUACGGCAAGGGAAGAAUGAUCUUCCAUAACAACUCCUUGUACCAAGGAGAUUUCAAGAACGGAGUCCCUCACGGAUUCGGCAUCUUCAUCGAUUGAGAAUCUGGCGGAAUGAGAAAAGCCGAAUUUAAACAAGGUAAAAUACAUGGAGAAGGAAUUGAAAAGUGGGCCGACGGAACAACCUUCAAAGGAUUCUAUAGGAAAGGAAAGAAGUCAGGCUUUGGAGUCUUUAGAUGGGGUGACGGAAGUAGUUAUGAAGGAGAUCUUGAGAAAGAUCUUCUCCAUGGGUUAGGAACUUUAACUAUGUCCGAUGGCAGAAAGUACGAAGGACAUUUCGCCGACAACAACAUGGACGGAGAGGGGACCUUCUAUUGGCCGGAUGGCCGAAAGUACGUCGGUUCCUACAAAGACGGCAAGAAGCACGGUAAAGGCAAAAUGAUGUUCCCAGACGGCCAGGAGUACUACGGCGAAUGGGUCGAAGGUGAGGUCAACGGCAGCGCCUUCAUAACAGACGAGAGUGGCAAGAAGACUAAACAGUAUGUAGAGAAAGGAGAGAUUAUUAGGAAGCUCACCAAUUUAUUUUAAGUUUUAUAUCGAUUUUG